GGGAAGAGGGAGGGGUAACGGGGUUGGGCGGUGAGGGAGGGGGAGAGGGUUAACGCAAGUAGGGUGAGUGUGAGUGAGGGAUUGAGGGAGGAUCUGGGGGAGCCAGGGAGAUGAUGAAGAUGGUGGAGGUUGGAGGGGAGUUCUUGCUGAAGAGGAUGCCAAAUUGUAGCAGUGGUUAAUACAGAGGAAGAAUGUGACCAAACGCAACAAGAUUGUAAUAAACUUACAGAAUAGCUGUGUAAAUGACGAACAAAUUACAACAUGGAUAAGCAUUAUGGAUAAAGAGUUGAAGAACGACAGUAUCCCAGUUGUUAAAAGGAAGCCUGGAAAUUAACAAGGCCAGUGCUUAGGCCCUCGGCCAUGCCGUUGAUUAAUCUUCAGGAAAAAAUAGGAAUCGAUAUCGACAAAUGGUUGCUGAUUCAAAGUGGCGUACAACCUAAUGGACGUGCAGCUCGUUGCCAUGUAUUUGAGAAGGACUGGAUUGAAUGUGCACAUGGAAUUGGGAAGAUCAGAGCCAUGAAGGAAUGUAAACUGGAAUUGGAAGAUUUCCGAGAAUGUUUACAUCAUCAGAAAUUGAACAAGAGGCUGCAUGAUAUCAGAAUGCAAAAGGAAAAGCUAAUAAAGGAAGGAAAAUAUACUCCUCCAGACCACCACACUGGCAACGAUGAACAACGACCAUAGGUGCUGCCCUCACUUCUUCACAUUGGCAAGAGCAACCAUCAUCCCAACACUCAGACUGAAGCAUUGCACCUGGUCUGCCAAAGAUUAUUGUGCAAGCAUUCAUGCCAGAAGUACCAAUAUAGUUGUGCGUAUGGUCACGCAUUAAUAAUACAUCUGUAUGAUUUACUAUUGAAUAAUUAAAUUCAAAUUCAGUAUGACA